AUGGCAAAUAUCGAAGGUCCAAAAUCUUUAAUGGAUGAAAUGAUUCAUGAGAAUAGAAAUUUUGGUGGCGGUGGUAGCGAGGGACGCCCAUCAAGAUUUGGAACGAAUGACGAUACAUCGUCACGAGGUAAUUCAAGAGGUCGUGGCUCAUAUAAUGGAUCAAGAGGAGGACGUUUUGGUGGACGUGGAAAUUUUCAACCACGUGGUGGCGGGGGAUAUCAACAUGAUCGAUUGUAUCGUGGCAAUAACAAUAACAAUAAUGAUAUCGCUAGCGAAGAGAAUUUAACAAGUGUCGAUAAUGGUCGAAAAAUGAGUGCAGGAAAUUCUGUACCGCCGUCACUUUUGGGUUUGAAUUUUGCACCACGUCAUUCCUCCAAUUAUUCAAAUGAUCCAAACAGUUUUCAGAAUAAGAAUAAUACGUUUCCUGAUAGAGGAGGACGAUCGCGAUUUUCUAAUCCUCGAGGUGGUUUUGGUGGUGACAUAAAUCGAUUUCCUGCUAGACAAACAUCAUUUGAUGAUAAUAAACAACAACAAUUUAAUGACAAUUUCCGACAACAACAACACCCAUUGUUGGAUGACGAUAAUAAUAUGCAUAAAUCACAGAAACUAGUACCACAAGAUAAAAAACAAAUAUCACAAAACCCUCUACAACCAACGCCAUCAAGAGGAAAUAAUGAUCGAUUAAAUAUGGGUAAAAUGAUUAAAACAUAUACGCCAGAUCAUCAGCAACAUUAUCAAACUGAUAAUCGACGUCACGAUAGGCGACAAGAGAAUAGUAGAAAAGAAUAUGAUCGUUCAUCAAGAGAUCGUAAUAGCCGCACAGAUCGUUCGAGAUCUCCACCCACGAGAAAUGAUCGGAAUGAUCGCCAAUUUGGUAUGAGAGGUGGUCGAGGUGGUGCCGGGAGAGGUAAUCGAGGAGGUUUUAUGAAUAAGAGAGAAGAAGAACGUAGUAACGACAACAAUGGAAGAGGGCAUAAAUCUAGAUUUGGAUCAGAUGACCAUGGCUUUAAAGGACCCGAUUAUGAUCAUCGAAGCAGUAGUCAACAUGAUAAUCGCGAACAUGGAGAAAACGACGGUCGGGGACCGCAUUUUCCUGGUGCCGGCUAUCGAAAUAGUUCUGAAAAUCGUUCAAAUCCACAAUAUGGGAACAUGCAACAGCGACAACAUCCCUCAAAUUUUCCUUCGCAAAGUCGUCCAGAUUAUAAUAGUAUGCAACAAAAUUAUCAUCAACAAGGUGGCAUGGGAAAUGAACAGCGAUCAAAUGAUCGAUUAAAUCGUUCAAAUAAUCCACAAGGAUCUAAUACAAAUUCAGGGCGUCGUCAAAGUCGAUUUACUGACCGUCAAACAGAAGAUUAUGAUGAUGACAAUAAACCAUUACGUAAGCCAGAGUUUCAAUUACCUGUUGCAACUACAACCACUCCAUUAUAUCUGCCGAAUCAGUCGACGAAUACUGCAACAUAUAGUCAUGCACGUCCAGCACCCAACCAAUCUUUUCCUCAACAACAACAACAACAACAACAGCAACAACAAUUACCGCUGAUGCAAUCUCAAAUCAAUCCGCAAUUUCAAACCACAUCCCCAAACUUUACCCAACAGUCAACACAAAAUCAAUCAAAUAUAUCUUCUUAUCAACAAGCGUCACAACCGCAGCAACAAUUCGGUGGAGUCCAAGGUUAUAAUUGGCCAUCAGGUACUUCCCUGUUGUCAACUCCAACUCAACCAAAUCAAGUAGCAUCACACUCAAUGAUUGCAAUGCAACAGCCUAAUCCGUACGGUCAACAACAACAGCUACAGUCUGUAAAUCCUUUUGGGCAAUAUGGUAUAACUUCUAAUCUCCAACAAACACCUAUCUCAACUCCAAUCGCUGCAUCCCAACCAUAUCAAAAUCAACAAACACCACAAGCAGGUCAACAAGCAAUAUCGACAAUGGGUGGAACGACAGCACCAGCUAUGGAUGGAGUACAACAGCAGCAAUGGGCACAAUAUUGUCAACAAUACUGGAAUUACGUUCAGCAACAGCAAGCUGCGUUAGGCACAGCACCGGUUCCCCCUCCUGAGCAAGCAGUUGCUCUUCAGCAGCAGUCACAAGCAACAGGUCACAAUUAUUCGUCUUUAUCUGCGCAACAACAGCCACAAUCAACAUCUUUGCCAGCGGUUAAACAAACAUCCAUCGCCAUGGCACCCACCGUUGCUUCCCAAGAUACUUCAGUAACAUCGGGGUCAACAAAUGUCGAAAACCCAUGGAGUCAGUAUUUACACCAGCAAUGGAGUCAAUUUUACAUGCAACAACCUAAUGCCUCUACGUCAACAGCUGCAUCAUCUCAACCAGCCGGUGAUAGUUCAAACACUACUGUUCAACAACAGGCAUCUUUGUCACAGACACCAUCAACAGCAUCUGCCAUUCCCAAUUAUUUAUCGCAAUUAAAUCAGCAACAACAACCACAACAACAGGGUGGGAAUAGCAAUGCAUGGGAAAAUUGGUUUAAUCAAGCAUAA